AUGAGAGAUCGGCCCGUCAUCAGUAUCGAAAAUUACACCAUAUACUGCGGCGGUGCUGAUGAGGACAAAAUGCGCCUUUCUCGACUGCGGGAUCGCAGCGGACAUAAAUUCUGGAUCGUAAGUGCUUACGCACCUAUGGAAACCGCUGAGGACAACAGUAAGGACGCCUUUGCAUUGAUGUCUAAAAUGCCAAGCCAGCAGGUGGUCAUUGUCGGAAUCGACGCAAAUGCGAAGAUGGAACUCGAACAGCAAUCUGAUGUGCUAGGAAAAUUGUAUUAUCCACCGGAGCGCACGUCGGAUAAAUGUGAUGGUGUUUUCGACUUAUGUGAACUCCAUAGGAGGGCCUCAUCAUCGCUUCCACGUUUAAGAGGAAUCAUCGAUGCCAUCGGCUCACGUGGCAGGGGUCAAACCUUUUAA